AUGGCUGUCUGGCAGUACGUGCGCACCCUGAAUACAUGGUUCAAGAACAUACCGCCCAAGACGCGCAUGAUCAUUGGGGUGGGCGUCAUGGCGUACGCGGGCGCUGGUCUCUACAUAUCCGACAAGGCUGAGGAGAAAUUCGGUCUCACCCCAACCGACCAAGAUAGAGAGCAACUGCGAGAUGUGAUACCCAAGGUUUCAACUAUUGAGAAGCGAACGCCAUGA